AUGCUCCUGCGCACCCUCCAGCGCACCCUGCGGCCACUGACCGCCCUCCCCACCACCACCACCGCUCCCUCCCUCCUCCGGGGCCUCACUACCACCCCCCACCUCCACAACCUCACCACCACCCCCAUCUCCCCCAUCACUCCCCCCACCCCACCAAUCCCGCAGCAACCCAGCAUCCCCCACCAAACCGGCACCCUCAACAUCACCACCCCCACCGCCCCCACCACCCCGCACCCCUCCCUCGCCCUCCUCACAGCGCUCAAGUCCCAGCCCGCGCAAUACAUCACGAUCCACAUCCACAAGUUCCCCUUCCUCGUGACGGUCGGGGACCUCGUGCGGCUGCCGUUCCGGCUCAAAGACGCGGCCGUGGGCGACUCGCUGCGCAUCACGCAUGCAAGCGUGCUGGGGUCGCGCGAUUACACGCUCAAGGGGUCGCCGUGGAUCGAUCCGGCGCUGUUCACGUGCCGCGCGAGGGUGGUCGAGGAGACGAGUGAGCCCAUGAGGGUCAAGGAGAAGACGAAGCGCAGGAAUAGGCGUAUUAAGAAGGUGAAGAGUAAGCAUCGCUAUACGGUGCUGAGGAUUAGUGAGUUGGUUGUGAAGGAUGCGCCGGUGAUGGCGGCGGCGGCGGCGGGGGAGGUGUAG